CCGGAAUCCAAACCAAAGCAGAACUGAAUCUUCCACUUCAGAGCAAGGAUGUCUUCGGUCCAGAUCACGGAAGGCUCAGUGGACGUGGAGCUCUGCGGAAAGCCACUGUUUUACAGACAAGCCGUUCCGGGCUCGGGGGACGUCCAGUUAUCCGUGUUACUGCUGCACGGAAUCCGCUUCUCCUCGGAGAACUGGCUGAAGAUAGGCACUCUGAAGACUUUGGCUGAAGCAGGCCACCGUGCCGUGGCGAUCGACCUGCCUGGUUUGGGUCAUUCUAAAGCCGCCCAGGCCCCUGCUGCAGUGGGAGAGCUGGCCCCGGGCGCGUUCCUGCAGCAGGUGUGUGCGGGCCUGCAGCUGGGCGCGGUCGUGCUGAUCAGUCCGUCUCUCAGUGGCAUGUAUUCCCUGCCCUUCCUGCUCCAGCACGGUGCUGAUGUCAAAGCCUACGUCCCCGUAGCGCCCAUCUGCACCGACAAAAUCACCGCUGAGCAGUACCACAGUGUCCAGACUCCUACUCUGAUUGUCUACGGAGACCAGGAUACUCAGUUAGGAGAAGUGUCGCUAAGCAACCUCAAAAAUUUACCCAAUCACAAGGUGGUGGUAAUGAAGGGGGCGGGACAUCCCUGUUACCUUGACGACCCAGAGACCUGGCACAAAGCCCUCCUUGACUUUCUGAAAACGUUGUGAUUGAAAAAAUGUUAUGUUGGCGCUUCAAUAGAUGAAGCACUUUUAAAAAUGCACUAACCAAUCGUCACUAAAUAUAUUUUUUUUAUUUUAUUGCUUUUGGAUAAUUGUUGUAACCUUAGCAUUACAGACAGCUAGUUAUUAAGGGCAGAGGCCAAACAGGCCAUUCAUGUGGACAAAUUCCCACUCACUGACCAUUCUGCUAUUCCUUCUCAAUAUUUAAUAACUUUCACAUUAAACUCCCACGGGAAGAUAAAAUGCCUUUAAUGACCUAUAUUCAUUAUACAUUCUGUCGUUCUCUGGUUACAUAUAAAUUGAAAAGGCUUCACUAGCAAAAUGUACACAACUUGCUGAUGUUUAAUUCUGACAGAGUGCGUCAUAUGGCUUUGGGAAGGAGAUUUAAUCGUGACAAAUCUAGGCCAGUGUUUUUUUUUUUUUUUUUUUUCCUUUAGUCUUGGGUGCUGUAAGGUGUGUGUGUGUAUGCUGUAAGUGUGUAGUGUGUGUGUGUAUUGUUUUUUUAGUCUUGGGUGCUGUAAGACUAUUGCGUGUG